AUGUUUUCCAGCAUUUCGUUCUCAUGGUUCAGAAAACCGUUGUAUGAUGCACGUGUUCUGCGCCCCGUUGAGGCGGCCUUCCCACAGCUGGACUUCACUGAAAUAAAGCACACCUGGUGGCAGGUCAGGACGUGGCCAGCCAGCCCAAGUUCUGUGUUCCUCAUCAUGGAUACGUUACCAUCCGAACUACUCUCCAAUAUCGCUUCAUUCUUGAGUCUUAGUGAUCUCUCAAGCUUUCGACUAGCAUGUCGACGAUUUACUUACGCCAGCCUGCACCUGUUGCUUCAACAUUUAUGCGUUCUCGACACGUUGGAUGACCUGGAAGAACUCUUUUCUUGCCUUUCCCUCGACGAUAAAAGCAGAUACACAGAGAGCCUCACGUUGUUGCACGGUCGGUGGCCCGUUUGUGACUUCCAGCGAUGGGCCACUCAUCCGUUGCAAUUAAACGAGUCUCUCCCCCAAACUGCGUCGUCCCCUAAAUGGACGGACGCGUUCCAAAGAUACCGGCUGUUCGUUGAGAAUGAAGCCCGCCGUACAACUCAUGACGACUUGACGAGACUGAAAAAAGUACUCGAGCUUUUCCCGCGGCUCCGCCAGCUCACAGUCUCACAUUUACACACCAAGGGAUGGAGACCUGUCGGCCCUCAGCAAUACAUUCAUCUGCGUGAGCAGAUAUGGAUGUCCCCUUGUAUCAGCGAUUCGGAAUCUCUCGGGGCUAUCGCCCAAAGUGUGCUGACCUUGCUUCCCACGUUGUCCUCGGUUCAGCAUCUUGCCAUCGACGGACGUCUCAACCUAUCAUCUAUCACGGACAUAACGCCAAUCAUACAAAUAACCAGCCUGAAAAUGAAGGCUGUUCAGCUAGCAAGCUGGGACCGUGAACGCUUUUUGUCUGUGAUUCACAUGUUUCCCAGUCUCAGAGAGCUAGCGCUUGGAUUCACCUCAACCGAAGUUCUCGUUCCAGUAGACAAGAUUUCACUGCCGUUCCUGAAGAGGCUUUCACUUCACAGGCUAUAUGUGUCCGAAACUGCUCUUCUCAGGGUUUUGGAGCGUAAUCCGCAGGUUUCGCUUCACCUGAGCGACGCCACCCUGGUUCGCGGUCAUUGGGAUACCUUCUGUCACCGAGCCAGAAGAAUGGGAAAAGGCGCGGACAUCACACUCGAGGGAUACAUGAACGGCCUGGACCCCACUUGUGUUCACCUUUCUAUUGAGGGAGAUAGGAAGUAUAGGCUAUUGCGGUUUUUAGAGAAUGGUGAAGCCCAGUGGCCAUUCAGAGCACGGUGGAUUGCUCCAAGGGUGUUCUAUGUUUAG